CCAGGGGGCUGGGUGCCUCGUGAGAAAGGCGCCAGCAGCCGGGUCACCUCGCGAGGAAGGAAGGGGAGGGAGCGCGAGUGGGGCGGGCGGAGCCUGAAAACCUCCGCGUCCCCGCUUAGCGCUUUACAAAGGCCCGGGGCGCGAGAGGACGUGCUCUGCCAGCCCCUGGGAAGGGAGGCUGCGCGCGCGGGAGCGCGGGAGGAUCGGCGGCGCGCAGUCCCUGGUCCCUGGCUCGGUUCCCCGCACCCCGGGGCUCACACCUGCCCGCGCGGAGGAGCAGCGGCCGGGCGCCCACCCCCAGCCUGCGCCCAGUCUCUUCGAUUCCCCUCGCUCUGAGCCGGGAGAGCCGAACAGCUCAGGAGAGUUCACGGACUCCCAGCCCCAGAGAGAAGUCAGAAGCCUUGCCCUCGAUCUAACUCUUCUCUUCCCAACUCUAAGCCUCCCAGGUGGGCCUUGUGCACAUCAUGACCAGUUUUGAAGAUGCUGACACAGAAGAGACAGUAACUUGUCUCCAGAUGACGGUUUACCAUCCUGGCCAGUUGCAGUAUGGAAUAUUUCAGUCAAUAAGGUUUUUUAACAGAGAGAAACUCCCUUCCAGCGAAGUGGUGAAAUUUGGCCGAAAUUCCAACAUCUGUCAUUAUACUUUUCAGGACAAACAGGUUUCCCGAGUUCAGUUUUCUCUGCAGCUGUUUAAAAAAUUCAACAGCUCAGUUCUCUCCUUUGAAAUAAAAAAUAUGAGUAAAAAAACCAAUCUGAUCGUGGACAGCAGAGAGCUGGGCUACCUAAAUAAAAUGGACCUGCCAUACAGGUGCAUGGUCAGAUUCGGAGAGUAUCAGUUUCUGAUGGAGAAGGAAGAUGGCGAGUCAUUGGAAUUUUUUGAGACUCAAUUUAUUUUAUCUCCAAGAUCACUCUUGCAAGAAAACAACUGGCCACCACACAGGCCCAUACCCGAGUAUGGCACUUAUUCGCUCUGCUUCUCCCAAAGCAGUUCUCCGACAGAAAUGGAUGAAAAUGAGUCAUGAACACAGAACGUCUACGAAGAGAAAUAUGAAGGAUGAAGAGCUCUGUAGAUGCUGUAUAGACACUAAAUAAGAGUUGAUUAGGGUAGUAUAUUAUAGUCAUCUGUUACGCUGUGAAAUUUGGAAUUCAGUAUUAUCAUUUUGAAGUCUGUAAAUUCUGCUAGUCAUUAACUUAGUCACCUGUUGUAUUCCUGGAUCUACACAAAAUUAUUUAAGUGCUUAUCUGUGAGGAUUAAUAUACAAAAAGUAUCCUUUGAGACGAAGCCGUGUUCUCAAAAUAAGGUUAUAUUAUUUUCUUUUUCUGCUUGAUUUUCAUCUUGUGUUUUGCUUUGUUUUUGUAAGGAAUCAUCUCUUGGUUUGGUCACAUCAUUUCACAACAGCCAUUUGUUUUCAAGGUCAAGGCUCCAGGCAGGUUGUUACUGGUGUUUGCAGCCUGUCAGUACUUGCAGUACUGGAAUAGGUUCUAGGCUAGUGUCUGUGCAUCACUGUGGUUUUAGUAUGGGAGGACUUAUUUUAGAAAGACUACCUUACUUUUCUAUGAUUUCUUUUUACAGAGUUAUAGUGUGUUUACUCCUAAGAUGACAGUUCUCUUUGUCUAUAUUCAGCAUCUAAGACAAAUAUUUAAACAUUUUAAAGAACCACUGUGUUAAGUUUAGGAUUAUUUUACCAAAUUAGAAGUUUGACUUUUAUGUGUUAUACACAAUUUUAAAAUUUCACGAAUUCACCUUUUUAAUAGUAUCCAUGUACAUAAUAAAAUCAAAAUUUAAUUAGCCAUUUUCUUUGAAUUUUUUUCUAAAUAAGGGAAAGAACUGUUCUUGGGCCGCUUUACAUAGAUAAAUGUAUGUGAAUGUUUAUAAUAAACGCUUAAAUAUUUCUAAAAUGUUAACUUCAAAAAAGUCUUUUUCAGUUCUUAAAUAAAAAUUUUUUUUAUUUAAGAUA